AUGAAGAGCGUGAGACCACGUCGAGGCAUCACUUCACUUCACCAACACCAAGUCAAAGACCGACGCCUUGGCGAAGAUCUCUGUGCCGGCUCCAAUGCACUCCUCAGUGAGGUCACCACGAGGGGGACGUUACAUGGCAGCGUCGACACCCGACUGUCGCCAAUCUACGAUGAGAACGUCCAUGCAAGAAUCUGGAGGACCGCGCUGACAGGUCCGCCGACACUCUUCGACGAUGAUGGUUGGCCUCAGUACACCCAGGGGGCUCACAACAACACUCCGCCCAGCGAUACCGAACCGGGAGUGUACGUCAGCACCGCAGCCGAUGGUUGGACGGCAGGCUUCUUUCCGGACUCGCUGUGGCAAUUGUACCAUCGCCGGCGAGAUCUGCAGUCUGAAUUAGCAUUCAAGUCUGAGCCAACGUUGGAGGACUGGCUAGCUACUGCUCAGGACUGGACAGAUCCUCUCAUCGCGAACAGAAAUCUGACAAACACGCAUGACAUUGGAUUCCUCGCCAAACCGUUCCAGAGCGCUCUUCGCUUCAACCGUGAGACCAGAUGGCUGCCCGUGUUGGGCCAAAUGUCAUACAAUCUGGCCUCUCGCUUUGUCCCGACUGCCGGGGUCAUUAGAUCCUGGGACACGGACAACAGCUCUUACUCAUCUCGUGGCUCCCAUGAAGAUUCGGUCCUUGUCAUUAUCGACAACAUGAUGAAUCUUGCCUUACUGAUGCAAUCCGCCGUCGAGUACACUCACAAUGACAGGCUGCGCGAGAUUGCAGCAUCCCAUGCCAAUCGCACUCGAGACAACCACUUCCGUCCUGACGGCUCUUCCUACCACGUGUGCGAUUACAGUGGCUCUACGGGAGACGUGUACCUCUGCCGCACCGCGCAGGGCCUCUCUGACAAUAGCACUUGGGCACGAGGGCAGGCGUGGGCAAUUUACGGCUUCGCAGAGAUUUACUCAUUGACGAAAGAUCCAUCGUAUCUCGAGACAGCCAUGCGAGCAGCAAACUACUUCAUCGAGCAUCUGCCGCAAGAUGGUCUGCCGUUCUGGGAUUUCGAUGCUCCUUACAUUCCGAAUGUGGCGCCUCGAGACAGCUCUGCUGCUACGAUAGCGGCUAGUGGACUCAUGCUCUUGCAACAGCAGAUCGACAGCUGUGGUCGAGCGGCAGGGGCGCAAAACUACACCGAUGCUGCUACCAGACUGCUCCGUAGUGCUACAGAACUGGCUCUCGCAGGCGAGAUCGGUUUUGAGGACAUUGACCAGGCCAAGCCUGGCGCUUCGCUUGGUGCGGUCACUGAGAUCGAUACACCGGCGAACACAACAGUGUCGAGUGGGUUUGAAAGCAUCCUCAUGCAUGGUACAGCAAACAACAAUCCCAAUGCUGGCGAUGGCAGGAGCUAUGAUACUGGACUUGUCUACGGCGACUAUUAUCUGAUCGAGGCUAGCAACAGAUUGCUUGAGAUCGCACGAGAUCGCAAGUACGAGAAAUAG